AUGAAUAAUGCGCAAUUGCAGCUUCAAGUUGUCAUAUCCUUUACGGCAUUACCUCUUCUGGGUCAAAAUCUCCGAUCUUUAUCGUCUCCCCCUUCAGCCAUGACAACGGUAGCACCUCCGGCGGCGGCGGUCCAUAUAGAUCUCUGGCCCAUCCUCUCCGAAUCUAAACGCAUAAUCAAUGCCCAUUCCCGCCACUUCCUCGCUCUCUCCGUCCUCUUCCUCCUCCCUCUCUCCUUCUCCUUCUCCGCCUACCCUUUCAUCAAUCAACUCUUUUCCCAAUCCUCUCCACCCUCCAUCGAAACCCAUUUCAGUUUCCUCUACAACCCUUUGCAAAACCCCCCUAUCUUUCCCAUUAAAUACUUUUUCACUCUCCUUUACAUCCUCUUCGUCUUCAUCUUCUCUCUCUUCGCCACCGGCUCCAUCACUUACAGCGUUUUCCACGGCUUUUACGGCCGGCCCGUAAAGCUUGUAUCUGCUAUCAAAUCAGCUUUCACUUCCUUCUUCCCUUUGCUUUCAACUUGCCUUGUGAUGGAGCUUAUCCUCUCUGGGAUCCUUGUAAUUCUCGGUUUAAUCUUUUUGGGAUUACUCAAAUUAACCCAAGUUUUAGGCUUCCAAGUUAAUUACGCUUCACCUUAUUUCCUUUCCCUCUGUUUAGUUUUCCUUAUUACUUUCAUGCUUAUUGUGUUCUAUUUACAAAUUAAGUGGUCAUUUGCUCAAGUUGUUGUUGUAGUUGAAUCAAGCUGGGGACUUGAACCAUUAAAACGAAGUAAAAAUCUAGUUAGAGGACUGAAAAGAGUUUCUUUUUCUAUGCUUCUGUUUUUUGGGCUCUUCAGUGGGAUUUUAAUGUGGGUCUCAGCUGCAGGAUGGGAUAAUGCGGCUGCUGUUAAAUGGAAAAAUUCGGCAUUUAUUCUACACAUUGUGCUCACUUCUGCUUUGUUCAUGUCGAUUAUGCUUUCUUAUUUGGCUGCAACUACAGUUUUUUACAUGUAUUCAAAGGCUAUACAUGGAGAGCUUGCUUGGGAAAUUGCUGAAGAGUUUGCAAGAGAGUAUGUAAGCUUACCUUUUGAUGAUGAGAAAGUUCCUCAUGUUGUAUCUGUUGUUUAUGGUUGAUGACAAUAGGAGCUCCUUUACUUGUUUAGUGUUUGUUUACUAGUAUAUUUGAAAAGAAAGUUGUGUGAAA